CACGCGCGACUCGGCGCGUCGGCGGGCGGGGCCGUGGGACUUGUGACGCCGCCGGCUGCGGCUUGUGACGCGGCGGCCUGCGGGGACGGAAGCGGCCGCCCCGCCCCGGCCCGCCCUCUUCCGCUGCUGGCCGUGGGAAUGGAAACAUCUGCCCCACGUGCCGGAAGCCACCUGGUGGCGAAGGCCGCGCGCCUCCCCGCGUCCUCCCGCGCCGAGCCUCCGCGCGUGUCCUCGCGAGACCAGCUCACCGACAUGGCCGCGUCCAGUCAAGGAAAGUUUGAGGGAAAUUUUGAGUCACUGGACCUUGCAGAAUUUGCUAAAAAACAGCCAUGGUGGCGUAAGCUGUUCGGGCAGGAAUCUGGACCUUCGGCUGAAAAGUAUAACGUGGCAACGCAGCUGUUAAUCGGAGGUGUCACUGGAUGGUGCACGGGGUUCAUAUUCCAAAAGGUUGGAAAGUUGGCUGCAACAGCUGUGGGUGGUGGAUUUUUUCUCCUUCAGCUUGCAAACCAUACUGGGUACAUCAAAAUUGACUGGCAGCGAGUAGAGAAGGACAUGAAGAAAGCCAAAGAGCAGCUGAAGAUCCGGAAGAGCAACCAGAUACCUACCGAGGUGAAGAGCAAGGCUGAGGAGAUGGUGUUGUUUGUGAAGAAGAAUGUUCUAGUGACUGGGGGAUUUUUCGGAGGCUUUCUGCUUGGCAUGGCGUCUUAAGGAGGAUGACUUCCAUUGUUGCUGUUUUUUUCCCAGCCAGCAGCCUCUACACUCCAUCAUAGGACAUCGAGUCUCUCCUCUUUUCUCUUAUCCCAUGCCUUCUUCCCUGCCAUGGCAAAUCUAAAUGGCUUCUGUAGGCAUCUGUUGGUCAAGUUAAUAUGACCCUACCGUGAGCUUGAUGGCGGUGGAAGAGACAAUAGGCAUUAGCUCUCCUCCCAGCACACUCCCAAUUUGGUCAGUCUGUAGGUCAGCAAGAAUGUUCCUUUUCCCCCUCCAUAAGGUACUUAACAGAACAUGUUGCAAGAUGGCUUCCUGUGGAGGAUGAGUUCUUCCUCGAAGGUUGUCCGAAACCGUUGAUUUGGAAAAGAAAGAAGCACAUAGGUACCUUAUUAUGUGCUGCAUGGAAAGGAACUGAAUACAUUUGCCUUUAAGCAUGAAAGA